AUGUGUGCAGGCAUCGUGCUGGUGGCCAUCAACCCGUAUGACCAGCUGCAUAUUUAUGGCGAGGAGGUGAUCCGGGCGUACAGCGGGCAGAACAUGGGCGACAUGGACCCGCACAUCUUCGCUGUGGCUGAGGAGGCGUACAAGCAGAUGGCCAGGGACGAGAGGAACCAGUCGAUCAUUGUGAGCGGAGAGUCCGGCGCAGGAAAGACGGUUUCUGCAAAGUACGCGAUGCGUUUCUUUGCCACGGUGGGCGGCUCGGCUAACGACACCAACGUGGAGGAGAAAGUGCUCGCCUCCAGUCCCAUCAUGGAGGCGAUUGGAAACGCUAAAACCACGCGGAACGACAACAGCAGUCGCUUUGGGAAGUACAUUCAGAUCGGCUUCAGCCAGCAGUACAACAUCAUCGGAGCCAACAUGAGGACGUACCUGCUGGAGAAGUCCCGCGUCGUCUUCCAGGCUGAAGACGAGAGGAACUAUCACAUCUUCUACCAGCUGUGUGCGUCGGCCAGUCGACCCGAGUUCAAAGACCUCGGUCUCACCAGCGCAGAAGACUUCACCUUCACGUCCCUGGGGCAGAACAUCUUCAUCGAGGGGGUGGACGACGCUGAAGACUUCGAGAAGACCAGAGAGGCCUUCACGCUGCUCGGGAUAAAGGACGCGAGUCAGAGCAGCAUCUUUAAAGUGAUGGCCUCUAUUCUCCAUCUGGGAAACAUCGAAAUCUGCUCGGAGCGAGAUGGAGAGUCCUGUCAUGUCUCGGGAGACGACCUCCACCUGCAGCACUUCUGCCGUCUGCUGGGCGUGGAGCUGCAGCAGAUGGAGCACUGGCUGUGCCACAGGAAGCUGGCGACGGCGUCGGAGACGUACGUGAAGAAGAUGUCGAGCCAGCAGGCGACCAACGCCCGCGACGCGCUCGCCAAGCACGUCUACGCCCGCAUGUUCGACUGGAUCGUGGAGCACAUCAACCACGCCCUGCACACCUCGUCUAAGCAGCACUCCUUCAUCGGGGUCCUCGACAUCUACGGUUCACCCGGGUGUGGAUCCCCGACCCCGAGGAGGUGUGGAAAGGUGCCGAGAUUGUCAAAGAUUAUAAAGAAGGAGAGCCGCCUCUGCAGUACCCUGACGGUGUAUUUUGUCUUCCAGCUUGUGGAGUACCCCGUGGGUCCGAAGUCGAACCCUCUUCCCUUCCUGCGUAACCCGGACAUCCUGGUGGGAGAGAACGACCUGACGGCGCUGAGCUACCUCCACGAGCCGGCGGUGCUGCACAACCUGAAGGUCCGCUUCCUGGAGCCCAACCACAUCUACACCUACUGCGACUGCACCUUUCAGCUGGUAGCUGAUCUGUUCAAUGAGAAGAGCGCCGCCGCCGCCCCCCCGAAGUCCUCCAGGGUCAACGUCCGAGCAGCAAAGCCGACUCCCAAAGCCCCCAACAAGGAUCACCGCAAGACCGUGGGACACCAGUCUCUUCCUAGCGGCGGCGGCGGCCUGCAGGUCUUCUUGCAGCUUGGCCAGCUCUUCCUGCAGCGAGGUGAUCUGAUUGGCUCCUCCCUGCUGGUGGAACUGAUCCAGCUGUUUCUGCAGCAGCUUCACCUCGUUGCCCAGAGACACCUGGACGAUCUUGUUCUCCAUGCCGCUGUUGAGUUUCUUCAGGUGUUCGGCGGAGCGAGCUUCGACCUUCAGCUGCUGCAGCUCCCGCUUCGCCCGCACGCGCCUGAAGCCGCAUUGGAUGGUGACGGCGGCGUCGCGCGCACGCACGAACUUCCUGCGCUGCAGCCAGCCGCGCACCGUCCGCUGGAUGAUCAUCGCUUUGUGAUGCAGCAGGAACUGCAGAGGAGUCGAAAACACAGUCUGAGGACGCUGUCACACAGAGAUCCUGCGGGUGAACAUCCCUCUGGUGAAGGCCUGGAUGGUGACGACGGCCCGUCUCACCCUCAGAAAGACGCGUCUGUCUCGCACCAUGCGGCGCUGCUUCUGACAGACGAGCGCCGCGCGGCUCUGACGCAGGAACUCGGCCAGUCUGGGGACACAAAACACAAGACAUGUCUUCAGUCUGGAGACACAGAACACAAGACAUGUCUUCAGUCUGGGGACACAAAACACAAGACAUGUCUUCAGUCUGGGGACACAAAACACAAGACAUGUCUUCAGUCUGGGGACACAGAACACAAGACAUGUCUUCAGUCUGGGGACAGAGAACACAAGACAUGUCUUCAGUCUGGGGACACAGAACACAAGACAUGUCUUCAGUCUGGGGACACAGAACACAAGACAUGUCUUCAGUCUGGGGACACAGAACACAAGACAUGUCUUCAGUCUGGGGACACAAAACACAAGACAUGUCUUCAGUCUGGGGACACAGAACACAAGACAUGUCUUCAGUCUGGGGACACAGAACACAAGACAUGUCUUCAGUCUGGGGACACAAAACACAAGACAUGUCUUCAGUCUGGGGACACAAAACACAAGACAUGUCUUCAGUCUGGGGACACAGAACACAAGACAUGUCUUCAGUCUGGGGACACAGAACACAAGACAUGUCUUCAGUCUGGGGACACAAGACAUGUCUUCCUGAUGUCCCCGAGCUGGGGACAAGCGUGUUGUUGUGUGUUUCAGGAUGUUGUUGUGUGUCAGCGUGUUGUUGUGUGUUUCAGGAUGUUGUUGUGUGUCAGCGUGUUGUUGUGUGUUUCAGGGGACGGCGGCGAGGCGUCCCAGCGCGAGGCGUCCCUGCAGACGGAGCUGGACGGGGAGCGCCAGCGCUACCAGAAGCUCCUGCAGGAGUUCUCCAGACUGGAGCAGAGAUACGAGAACCUGAAGGAGGAGAUGUCCCUGAGCAAGUUCCAGCCGGGUCACAGAAGGACCACGUCCAAUCUGAGCAGCCUGGAGUCUGACUCCAACUACACGUCUAUCUCCACCUCAGAGGUCGGAGACACCGAGGACGCCAUCCAGCAGCUGGAGGACAUGGGCAUGGACAAGGCAGCGAUGGACAUCAGUCUGUUCAUGAAGCUGCAGAAGCGAGUGAGAGAGCUGGAGACGGAGAGGAAGAGGCUGCAGGCCACCGUGGACAAGAUGGAGGAGCUCGGCAAACGCACCGACACGCCGCAGAGUUCAGAGCCGAGGCGCCCCCCCUCGGAGCAGGAGAACGCUGAUCUGGCCUAUAACAACCUCAAGAGGCAGGAGCUGGAGGCGGAGAACAAGAAGCUGAAGAACGACCUGAACGACCUGAUGAAGGGCGUCGCCCAGCGGGCGGCCCAGAGCGACUCGUCCAAUGAGCUGCAGGACAGCUACAACCUGCUGCUGAGUCAGCUGAAAUCAGCCAAUGAGGAGCUGGACGCUCGCAAAGAGGAAGUCCUGAUUCUGAGGACUCAGAUCGUCAGCGCCGCCCAGCUCCGGGAGGACAGCCAGCGCAUCUUUCUCACCGUCUGCAACGUUGGUCUGGGGAUCAGGAGUUGUGGUUUGAGUCUUGAGUCUUGUCUGUCUCCGUGUGUCCAGAACCGUCCUCAGCAGAGAAACGAUCCUCAGCAGCUCCUGUUGGACACCAAGCACAUGUUCCCCGUCCUGUUCCCGUACACGCCGUCGGCUCUGAGCCUGGAGACGCUGCACAUCCCCGCCUCGCUCGGCCUCGACUUCCUCAACAGGGUCUGACGUCUCCGAGAGGACCCGCCGGAGACAGCGGACCAGGGUCUGACGUCUCCGAGAGGACCCGCCGGAGAC